GAUGGGGCUAAGCCCGAUAAAGCACUUCCAAAAUAGAAAAUUGACAAUGAUUUAGAGAAAAAGGAAGUCAAGAAAUGGUACGAGGACACCAGAGAACGCUCUUUUCAAGAGCACUGGUGUAACGAUCGACCGUCUUAAUUCAAGUGAUUGAUUAGAUAUAAUUGUAUUCACUACAAUUGAAACAAAUGUUCUGCUUUACUAUGUGUAGCAUGUAAGUGUUAAAAUGUUGUGAUUUGUUAUAAUUUGGGUUAAAAAAGUUUGGGCAUGUAAAAAAUAUGUUGGGCAUGUAAAAAUUCUUAAGUAACUGGCCCGACUGGCAUGUAACUUUUCAAAGCUAAUUUCGAAGACUGCAGCAGCAUGUCAGAAAACAUGGUUUGACGCCUAGAGUUCAUGGCAACCGUGGAAGAAAGCCAAAGCAUGCUGUUUGUUACGAUGAUGUCAUGCGCGUUGUGCACUUCAUACGUAAUUAUGCGGAUGAAAGGGGUCUACCACAACCAGCCGCCCCGAGAGGUGUAGACAACGUUCCGACUGUAUACUUAACAUCUGACACAACAAAGACCAACCUGCAUCAACAGUACCAGACAUCAUGCACGGAAGCUGGUUCCAGGGUCAUAGAAAUAACGGCCUUCAAGGAAAUAGGGCGCAUGUGCUUACCGCACAUCCGGAUCGCUGGUCCACGUGAUGACGUUUGUGCCAAGUGCGAAACACUCAGGAGGGGUGUCAUGGAUGCUGUGACGGAAGAAGAGAAAUUGACAGCUACAGACUCGUUCAGGAAUCACAUUCUUUUAGCACAAAAAGAAAGAGAUGUAUACAACGAUUGCAUCAGGAAAAGUAAGGAGGCAAAUGAAGGUCCAGACAGAUAUGUCCAUUUCACGUUCGAUUUUAGCCAGAAUGUGAGUCUACCUCACUAUUCCCGCCAGAUAGGAUGGCUAUAUUUCCUCACUCUAAGGAAGGUUCAGAUCUUUGGCGUUCGAGUGGACAGUAUUCCCCGCCAGUUGAACUUUCUGAUUGACGAGGACCAAACGAUUGGCAAGGACGGAAAGACCUCACAUGGCCCGGACGCUGUCCUUUCUAUGCUUGAUUGGGCCUUGCAGAAUUACGAGUCUGAUGCUUACACUUGUUCCGUUCAUGCAGACAAUUGCCCCGGGCAGAACAAAAACCGGUACGUUCUUGGUUAUUUCAUGUGGCGAGCGAUGACCGGCCAACAUCGCUUGAUUGAGUAUCACAUGCAAGUUCCUGGUAUGUAUACAAAUUAUAUUACGGAAAAAUAA